AGGUAGCAUGGUGUUAGCUGACUUGGGAGGCGUAUUACCAAAGCUCUACACACUCUUAGUAACGCAACUGUUAUCAAUGAAGAUGUUCUCUCGGCACUCCUGAAAGAGAUAUGCGGGGCUCUCUUGGAGUCAGAUGUGAACGUUCAGCUGGUUAAGCGACUCAGGGACAAUGUCAAGUCUGUCAUAGAUUUCGAAGAGAUGGCAGGAGGACUGAACAAGCGUGUCAUAAUUAAACGGGCAGUGUUCACCGAGCUGUGUAAACUCGUGGAUCCAGGUGUGAAACCCUGGAAUCCUGUAAAGGGUAAACAGAAUAUCAUUAUGUUCGUUGGGUUGCAGGGGUCUGGUAAAACAACUACUUGUACCAAAUUGGCUUAUCAUUACCAAAGAAGAGGUUGGAAAGUGUCGUUAGUGUGUGCGGACACAUUUCGAGCUGGCGCGUUCGACCAAGUCAAACAGAAUUGUGUCAAAGCAAGAAUACCUUUUUAUGGAAGUUAUACAGAAUCAGAUCCUGUUGUUAUAGCGCAAGAUGGAGUCGAGAAAUUUAAAGCUGAGAAUUUCGAUAUCAUCAUAAUCGACACCAGUGGAAGACAUAAACAAGAAGACAGCUUGUUUGAGGAGAUGUUGCAGCUACAAAAUGCCACGGAACCAGAUCAAAUUAUCUUCGUGAUGGAUGCCAGUAUUGGGCAGGCUUGUGAACUUCAAGCGCGGGCCUUCAAGGAGACUGUGGAUAUUGGAGCUGUGAUAGUCACCAAACUGGACGGUCACGCUAAGGGUGGUGGAGCCCUGUCAGCCAUCGCCGUCACCAAAUCACCUAUCAUUUUCAUCGGAACUGGCGAGCACAUUGACGACUUGGAGGCGUUCAAGACUCGGCCCUUCAUCAGUAAACUGCUAGGAAUGGGAGAUAUAGAGGGGCUCAUCGACAAAGUUAACGAACUGAAGCUAGAGGACAGCGAGGAACUUAUAGGGAAACUAAAACAGGGACAGUUCACGUUGAGAGACAUGUACGAACAACUUCAGAACAUCCAGAAAAUGGGACCAUUUAAUCAGAUCAUUGGCAUGUUGCCAGGAUUUGGCCAGGAUUUCCUUCCCAAAGGAUCAGAAGGGGAAUCGUCGGCCAAGUUGAAAAGGAUGAUGACCAUUAUGGACAGUAUGAACGACAACGAGCUCGAUCAUUUGCAGGGACAGAAGCUGUUUUCGAAGGAGCACAGUAGAAUUAACAGAGUGGCUAGAGGGAGUGGGGUUUCUAGAGGAGAGGUUAACGAACUGUUAACGCAAUACGGUAAGUUCUGUCAAGUUGUCAAGAAGAUGGGUGGUAUCAAGGGACUGUUCAAGGGAGGCGACUUCAACAAGAACGUAAAUCCAAGUCAGAUGGCCAAACUUAACCAACAGAUGGCUAAGAUGAUCGACCCCAGAGUACUGCAGCAAAUGGGCGGUAUGAAUGGACUGCAGAGCAUGAUGAAGCAGUUCCAAGAGAAUGGUGGUAUGGGAAUGGGAGGGGGUGGUGGUGGUGGUGGUGGUGGUGGUGGACCUAAGAGAAGGUGAUCACAUUUCAUCACCAACUUUUUAAUUUAACUUUAAUUGUUUAUUGGGGUGUAAAAUAAGUUGAUGGCACUUAAUGACUUGGGAGAAAGCAUUGCUCUUUAUUUUGAUAAGGGAAGUUUUCCAGAACCUUAAACUAGAAAUUAAUCCUCCGCCUACAGUUUUU